CCUCGGUGCCCGUCGCCACCGCCCGGAGCGUCUUCGUGCCCUCGCGCGCCAGGCCCGCGGCGGCCGGGACCCGUGGUCCACAGCAUGUCCUCCUCCGGCCCUGCUGCGGAGGGAGAGGGAGCCCCCGCCCAGCUCACGUCCGAGAAAGAGCCCGAAAUGCCCGGCCCGAGAGAAGAAAGUGAAGAGGAGGACGAGGACGACGAGGAGGAGGAGGAAGAGGAAGAGAAAGAAAAGAGUCUCAUCGUGGAAGGCAAGAGGGAAAAGAAAAAAGUAGAGAGAUUGACAAUGCAAGUCCCUUCCUUGCAAAGAGAGCCAUUUACAAUUGCACAAGGAAAGGGGCAGAAACUUUGUGAAAUUGAAAGGAUACAUUUUUUUCUGAGUAAGAAGAAAACGGAUGAACUUAGAAAUCUACAUAAACUGCUUUACAACAGACCAGGCACAGUGUCCUCAUUAAAGAAGAAUGUGGGUCAGUUCAGUGGAUUUCCAUUUGAAAAAGGAAGUAUCCAAUAUAAAAAGAAGGAAGAAAUGUUGAAAAAAUUUAGAAAUGCCAUGUUAAAGAGCAUCUGCGAGGUUCUUGAUUUGGAGCGAUCAGGUGUAAAUAGUGAACUGGUGAAAAGGAUCUUGAAUUUCUUAAUGCAUCCAAAGCCUUCUGGCAAACCGUUGCCAAAAUCUAAAAAAACUUCUAGCAAAGGCAACAAGAAGGAACGGAACAGUUCUGGAAUGUCCAGGAAAGCUAAGUGAACCAAAUGUCCUGAAAUUCUGUCAGAUGAAUCUAGCAGUGAUGAAGAGGAAAAGAAAAACAAAGAAGAGUCUUCAGAUGAUGAAGAUAAAGAAAGUGAAGAGGAGCCACCAAAAAAGACAUCCAAAAGAGAAAAACCCAAACAGAAAGCCACUUCUAAAAGUAAAAAGUCUGUAAAAAGUGCUAAUGUUAAGAAGGCAGAUAGCAGUACCACCAAGAAGAAUCAAAAUAGUUCCAAAAAAGAAAGUGAAUCUGAGGAUAGUUCAGAUGAUGAACCUUUAAUUAAAAAAUUGAAGAAGCCUCCUACAGAUGAAGAGUUAAAGGAAACAGUAAAGAAAUUAUUGGCCAGUGCUAACUUGGAGGAAGUCACAAUGAAACAGAUUUGCAAAGAGGUAUAUGAAAAUUAUCCUGCUUAUGACUUAACUGAAAGAAAAGAGUUCAUAAAAACAACUGUUAAAGAGCUAAUUUCUUAAGAGGACAGAAACAGAUGACCUGUACCCAUGGAUUUAAAGAUCUGAUUUAUACCAUUAUACCAGCAAAGAGAAUGUAUUUCCUUUUCUAAAUCUUUGCAAGCAUCGUGUUGGUAGAACUUCCUUCUGACCUUUUUAUCUUGAGUGUUAGGUGAAUUUGCGUUUGCCAUUUUAAAUUGCAUUUCUAUGCAGUUUUUAGUUUAAAUUUUUGCAUGGCAGUAAUUGUCCCUUGCUUUUAUAGUUGUAUUUUGUACAUUUUGGAUUUCUUUAUAUAAGACUAUAGAUUCUUGAACUGUUGUAGUUUUUAGUGUGCACGCAAUAUUAGCUUAAGACAUACUUUUAAUCGUAGAACAGAAACGAUCAUAACUGGCAUUUAUACAUGCAGAGACUAUUGCAGUAUUUAGCAUAUGAAAUAUUUUGAAUAUACAUCUGUCAGUGUGAAAGCUCAGUGUGUGUUCAUCAUAUUAAAAAUACACAAGCUUCAGCCGUCCAGAUGACUGAAUCAGAACUUUUCUCCUGCAUGUGUAUAUAUGUCAAAUUGUCAGCAUGACAAGAGUGACAGAUGUUAUUUUUGUAUUUUUAAAAACGAAUUUGUUGUAUAUAAAGUUUUUUUAUUUUUUU